GUUGCUUUCCCUGUCGAGACAGGCUUCAUUGCUAAGGAAUUAAAGCCGUCUGUAUAAAAUAUCUUCCUUUAUAAAUGGUAAAGUUUCCCAGCUUUUGAUCACCAAUCUAUAACAAAAGCAACACCAGAAGAAUCCCAAUUUCAUACACAUAACUUCCAGUCAAUCAUCAACCAUCAUGACAGGAACACUUGAAGAAACACAAUCAGGUCCACCAUCAUCAUCUCCAAAAGCUAAAGAAAAAGCAUCAAAUGAACCCCAAUUGUCUUCCACUGUCACAGAGGCAACACAGCCUCAGCCAUCUUCAACUCCACCCUCCGAAGAGGAAACCAAGAAAUGGGGCACCCACAUCAUGGGAGCACCAGCUGACCCUACUGCUCACCCAGACAACCAGAAGGCAGCCUCAUGGAACGCUUCAGAUCAUCAGCAAAUCUACCAGCAGCCUUACAUAGUUUACUCCCCUAUUGAAAAGCCAACUAACAACCCUUUAGAGCCUGUGAUUCAUAUGUUCAAUUCCUGGAGCCGGAAAGCUGAGACUGUAGCCCGCAACAUCUGGCACAACCUCAAAACUGGGAAUUCUGUAUCUGAAGCUGCGUGGGGAAAGGUAAAUUUGACAGCCAAAGCAAUAACAGAGGGAGGGUUUGAGUCUCUUUUUAAGCAGAUAUUUGCAACUGAUCCAAAUGAGAAGCUAAAGAAGACGUUUGCCUGUUACCUUUCCACAACAACUGGUCCUGUUGCUGGAACCCUCUAUUUAUCAACUGCUCGGGUGGCUUUUUGCAGUGAUCGUCCCUUAUCUUUCACUGCUCCAUCGGGACAGGAGACUUGGAGCUACUACAAAGUCAUGAUACCUUUGGCAAAUAUAAGCAGUGCCAACCCAGUGAGCAUUAGAGAAAAUUCAUCAGAGAAGUAUAUUCAGAUUGUCACCAUUGAUGGGCACGAAUUUUGGUUCAUGGGAUUUGUUAAUUUUGAGAAAGCAUCACAUCACCUCCUGGAAAGCGUGACAGAAUACAGAGCAACUGGGAGUGCAGGACAACCAGUACAUGGCUAGCAUUUUUGUUGGUCCGUCUUCAUCCUUCUUGAAACUCUGAUAUUCUCUGCUUGUAGUUGAUUUCUACUAUGUAAAAAGUAUGGUGCACCUGUCAGUUGGGUUAAAUUCAUAUAUGUUUCCAAUUCCAUUUUCAUGUGUAUUCGUUUGUUUGUUCCUAGACUACGAUGUUUUCAUACCAAUAUGUAAAACUUUUGGACCGAGUUUUCUUGUAGAUAUGUUUCAAUAAACUUAUACAACCAUAUUUGUGUAAUCUUUGACAGACUGAUAAAUUUGUGAACUUUCAUUCUGUGUAUAAAUCUUCU